CAGGAGGCGGGGGCGGAUGUUCCGGGCGCGGGCGGGCGGGAGGUGCCGAGGCGCUGCCCCUCUUCAAGAUGGCGGCGGCUCCCUCGGCCCGUUCCCCCCGCUCCUUCCUGCGCAGGCUCCGCAGACCCCCCUCCAAGAUGGCGAUUGUGUCAUAACAACAAUAUAAACGAGCAGUGAUGGAAUCACUGGAUACUGAGGUGAGAGCACGGAAGACUCUGGGGACUGUUGAAUAUGUAGAGUCUUCAGGUUUCACCCAGGGAAUACUGCCAACCAAGAAGGAUGUGGUUCAGAACAUGCUGUAUUUACUGCAGCCCAAACGAGCUGGCCAGGCCCAGCGGUCCAAAGAGGAUGCGGCCCAGUUGCUUGCAGAGCACCUGCAGGAGCACUGGCUGGUUUGCAACUUGCACACCAUAGCGACACAAAAUAUAAAGAAACUUAUCCUCAAAAUGUACGAGGAGUUUACCCGAUUGUAUCAGACCAGGAAGCAGAGACAGAACCAGGCUUUUACUGAGAGAGCAGACAAAUUCAACGAGAGUUCAGAGAAGCUCUUUGACGUGUUUUGCACAGACACGCAGACAAGAAAUAAACUGGAGGAGUGCAGUGGGAUAAAAAUGACUAGCAUCGAGUGGAAAUUCCUUGAAGAUCAAAGAAGUGAGAGAAAAAUGUACUAUGAAGAUUUCACAGACAAGCAAGAAUUGAAGAUGAUGGACAGAAGACAAAAGAUACAGUGUCUGGAGCACUUCAGAAAACUCGCCAGGGAGGAGAAGGAAGGAAACAAAGCGAAGGGAAUGAAAUUCAAAAGUGAUGAGCAAUCAGAUGAAGGCACGAGUGUGGAUGAAUCCUACCCAGCUGAGGAGGAGAAUGGCGGGGCCCCAGCUUUUUCACUACGGGGCAGAAGGAAGCGCCUGUGCACCACAACUCCUGAAAGCACUGCCAUGCCACUGGAGUGCCAGCAUAUAAGAAUGAGCAUCAGGAGGGUUAGACCUGGUUUCUAUGAGACUGUGGAGAAGGUCAAAAACUGCUAGUGCAUACCACAGUUGGCAGGCAGAGCUGCUGGAGUAUGAGGUGGCAAUGCACACGUUAGGCAAGUUUGAAAUCCCACCAUCAAUUGGAAGUGAUUGUUGUAGAUCCCCAAGACAGAGCUCAGGAACAUCCUGCUUCCAGGGAAAAGCGCUGGGAUGACAGCAACAGCAACAAGGACUAAACCACGUGAAUUUGGAAGGAUAAGUAGCCAGCAGCUUAUGAUGCAAAGGCUGAAACGUAGCAGAUGAUCUAAGGUUACAUAGCAUAUAAGCCUCUUCUUCCAAGGUCCUGUCUACACCAGUGGGUUUUUGGAAGUCUCUCACCAUUUCUGGGCCAGUGGUGACCUAACAGUAUGAAACAGGACUCGGAUUUACUGCAGGGAAAUAACUUGACUUGUUGCCACCAGGAAGUAUGAGUGCUGAAAAGCCCUAACGCGUUCUGGUUUCAGUGGAAGUGAAAGGUGCUUGGCCCCUUUCAGCAGAAUUUGAUGUUGCUGUGAGGAAGGAAGGUGAUUUUCAGCUUGUAUUGCCCAGUCCCGGAGAGGAGCCCUGCAGUUUUGCGAAGGGAUUGCUCUCUUGCUUGAGGAAGGGAGGAGAAGAGAGAUCAGGAGACAUUUGAGUGCUUUGGCUGUAAAAGCAUUGGCGAUUCUGAAUGUUUUAUUCCAGAUUCUAUUUUAAUGAUGUUUCCUUGAUCAGGAUAAACCUUCCCAUAAUUGGAUGAAUUAUAACAUGAAGUCCCUAAUCUAGGAUCUAAGGUGUGAAUCCUAAAUGAAGUGGUAAUGCUUUA